UCCCGCAGUGAAUCAGAUCUUAACCAUCCUUGGGGUGUGAAGUGAUCGAAAUUACCUUGAGGCGGCUCCACGUAACGUCUUUAUUCACUAAGCUGUGUGUACCACACUCCCAUAAUGAGAAGCUUCAUCGAAGUCACACCUGGCAGCUUCUAGAGGCAAGCCUGAGAACACCCGAAAGGUCUUUGAUGCACGUUGCUUCUCAUCUCUUUCUCUAAUGCUAUCGAUAUUACCUCUACAACCACGUCACUGAGAAAGGUAGUAAUCAGAGCGAAUUCCUCUCGGUGGGCAUAAAGGGAGAGUAGAUCCUUCAAAGACCUCAUUAUGCGGCUUCCCAAGAUUAUGUUGCCUUUUGUGGCCAAGGUUGCCCGAAACCAAGAUCCCGGGGUUCGAAACACGCCCGAAGAUAAACAGAGGCAUCAGCUUUGCGAACUCCCCACAGAGCUGAUGGAUCUGAUUGCUUCCUUCCUGGAUAAGCCCGCUUUGUGCGCGUUGCGCUUGACAUGCUCGACCCUCGAACGCGCAACCAAAUACCAGUUUGGACGGAUCGGUCUUCACACACUACACACAGAUCUAUCUAGGUUGAACCUGCUUGCCAUGGACGAACUCGCCAAUACCUGUGGCUUGAACCAGCAUGUCAAGAAGAUAUCCAUCGGCAGCGCUACUGGGAACGUUUUAGGCUACGGCUUCAUUUGGUAUCGUGACAUCUUGGAGAAUGAGUAUCUCAACUUCCUCCGUUCUUCGGAUGGAUUCCUGAAAUUGAGGGCCGUCUUGAAGAAGUUCUCGAAUUGCCAAUCGUUCCACAUCUCGUUGUCCAAUCAGCCUGAAUCGGGUACCUGGACCGACUGUCUCAGCCCCAGCGAUGCAGUGACGCUCGUGCUGCAUCUCAUCCCGUGCAUGGCAAGACCCGUCGAGUCUUUCAGCUGCUCCUACUCGGACUGGGACAAACACACGGCAGGGAUCAUCGACCCCAGAAGGUUCUGCCCCCACACCUUUCAGUUUAUCCGCUUCGGCCUAUGCUGGUCCACCCUUACCGAGCUGUGCCUCCUUGCCCGGGUGAAAGACAUUCUUGUGGCUGACUUUGUUUACGAGCUCAUCGACCAGGCGCCCAAUCUAAAGAAGCUGGAAUUGGACUGUGGUGGAAGCGAAGGAGUCGCAGCCUUGUUCCAACGACUGGGACAAGAGGGUAGUAACAUGGAGUUGGAGGUGCUCAAACUGUCGGGCGUGGUGGGUAUCUUGGGCCAGGGCCUGCAGAACUUUCUUCUCGCCACCAGGAACUCUCUGCGCAUUCUGGAGCUGAGGGUUGUUCGCUUUGAGACUGGGCUCUGGGAGACGGUCCUGGAGAGUCUGAUGCACGACUUUCCGGCCUUGAAGGAGCUGACCUUGCUUUGGAUCACCGAUAGCACGACCGGUGUACGUAAUGCCUUUCUCUGCGUCUAUUCUCAUUGAAAGAAGAACAUUUGAUUAACUGCGAACAGAGAUAUCCAACCCACUGGGUCCGCGAUGACAUCAAGGACGUACGAGGUCGCCAUGGUCGCAUUCGUCUUACCUACUCGGGUCUCCCUGUGCAUAAUGCUCUAUACUCUCUUCUGACACGCUAUCAGAUCCAGCCUCC